AUGCCGGGACUCGCAACAUACAGCCGCUCGGGUGAUCCGCUUUUGCUGCCUUCGGCACAAAACGCUGUGCCUGGAUCCAAAGCGAGAGCCGGAUAUCAAACCGACGCCCCCAGAGUUUUGGAACAAGGACCAGAUUGCAAGACGGGGCGCCCUGGGCUUGUGUGGCUUCUGAUACAGCUUGCUCUGGCUGAGCGUGGCGGGGCCACGAUGAGGUGUCAGUUUCGCUGGCUGCAGAACUUUGCGCCGGAGGAUAAAGGAGUCCCGCAGAUCUCUGUGGAAAAAGUGAACGGCAAGACCAAGGCCAAUGUCGAUCUCGAGUUCAUGGUGGACAUCAAGGAGUCGGUCGGGCCAUCGCUGUACGAGGUCUACAAGCAGGUUUACGGUCCAGUGAGGGACCCGGGGCGCCCAGCGCCAUCGGACCACCUUCCGUGCCUCCUCGACGAUGGUGUGCAGUGUGCCAGUGAAGAGGAGAAGUAUCUCAAGAAGAAGGCGCAGAAGCACGUGCAGCAGGUGACGUUGCUGCGGCCGACGAUUAUGGAACUCUGCGAGACAUACUACCGCCAGUCGCGCGGCAAGGUAUGUGGACUGCGCUACGACUACUUGUCAUCUUUGCUAUGCCAUGCGGACGUUCGAAGCGGCGCUCGCUUCCUCGUCCUGGACAAUGCGGCCGGCUUGGUCACGGGGGCCAUGGCUCUGCAACUGGGCGGUGCCGGGGAGGUUUUCAGAGCCUUCCGCGGCGGCUGCCCAGAGAAGGGGCUCAUCGAGCUGGAUCUCAGCGAGAAAGAGAAGGCCACUGUACGCCCAGUGGCUCUGGAGGCGCUGCAGUCGUCGGAUCUGAGUGCUUGUGAGUGGCUUCGCACCUCACAAGGAGAAGAUGCCCCAGCCGAUCCUGCGGUUGCCAGCCGCCAGGAGGCACGCGCCGCGCGCGUGCGGCAGCGUCGCGAGGCCGUGGACUCCUUCAAGGGCAAGACAGUGGACGGCCUCGUCAUCGUCGCAGGCGAUGACGACGCGGAGCUCGCGGCUGAG